AUGACGGAGGAUGCCCAGUCGUGGUCCUCCUCCAUGGAGACCGGUCCUUCCGGAGAGUCUUUUCUCCAGAAGAUAUUUCGGCGGUUGUCAACCACACAGUGCCUGAAAUUAGGAGCCAACGAGGCGGCUCCCGUCGCCGUCGUCUCCGUCCAGAGAUACCUGUCUGAGCAGCCGGAGGAGGGCCAGCCGGGCAGCUACAGCUACGACGUGACGGUGACGGACGGAGCCUUCCGGGCCAAGUGCCUCCUGCACGCGACCCUGAACCACCUGGUGCACGUGAACGAGCUGCGGACCGGCGGUGACGUCACCGUCACGCGGUGGUCCCUGGUGUACAACGAGAGGAGGCUGGGACGUGGUUACGUUUGCAUCGAGGGGGUCAGCUGCAACGAGGGGGCGUCAGCCGUGCUGGCCCGGGUCAGCUGCGUGCACGCGCUGCCCCGGGCCAGCUGCGUGCACGCGCUGCCCGUGCUGGUGGCACGCGGCGUGGGGCCGCACGGCCACGCCCCCCUGCAGCUGGGCCGGAAACACUACCUGCCCCUGUGGAACAACGACGACCCCGAGGGGGACAUCUGGAGCUCAGGGCCCCCCCCGUCCGACACGGUGCUGGACGUGUCCAGGAUUGCUCUUCUCAGUAGUCUGGAGUCCUCUUUUAGGACCUCCUGGAAACCGCUCCCUCUCCUGGUCCGGAUAAUACACAAAUCCAGGUUGAGGUAUUACGGGAAGUUUGGGCUCAAGAUCGACUUUCCCUACCAGGCCUACUACGAGGUUGCGGACCAGAGCGGCUCCAUGUCGAUGGUGCUGUGGAACGAGCUCUGUCCCGACUUCUACCGGAGGCUGGACGUGGGCACGGUGCUGCUCCUCCAGGAUUACACGCUGAAGCAGAGCUACUCGCACCGCUCACGCCCACAGAUGGACCAUCACAGGAUGAAGAGCUUUACCUCCGUAGAAAUCUGCCUGAAUCCCCGUAAGCCGGCGUCCGUCAUCACCGUGGUGUCGCCCAAGAAGGUCCAGCCCGACUGGGGGCUCCCCGAGGUCUGCUACCGGUUCGCCGCCAGGUGA